AUGUUGUCUGUGGAUGAAAUUAAGCGGCAAUGCAAAUUGAUAGUUAGCGGGAAUGGAAAGAAGCAGUAUAAUUUGCUAGUAAGGCUGUUGCCUGUGUUUAACGAGGUCUCUUUUACGAAAGAUGAUGUUGAUAACGAAGGUGAGUUGCGUCAUUUAACGAUUUCAUUAUCUCAGGUAUUUAAUAAAUUGUUUGAGCGCGGUCAUUUGCAAGUAUCUAAGUGUAAUAAUGAAAAAGAGAAGGAGUUUGUUGAAUGGUGUCGGAAGCUUUAUGGUAUUUUCAAGAAUAAACUUCUUGGGUGUAUGUCAUCUAUUCCUUUUGAAAAUUCUUUAGCUAUGGAUUGUUUGGAUGUAUAUAUGAAGAUGAUUGAACAAGAGUCAGUCCAUUUUGCAUCUAGUGAUGAUGUGCCAUUUUUCCCUAACAAAACACUUAAAAAACUUGUGAACACAUUGUUUUGCUAUGAAUACCCCGGAGACAUUAUGAUAAGGACUGGUGAGUCUACGAACUAUUUGUGGUUGUAUUUUGUCGACGAAUAUUAUAAAAAAUAUGUGGAUGUACAGUUCUAUACGCAAGCGGAACUAGUUAAUGCAUUUCCAGAGGCGCCAUGUAUUGCUGCUAAGUGGUUAUCUCUGUGUAAUCACGACAAUCACUACGAUAAUGAAUCUGCAGAUCUGGAGGUUUUUGUUCCCAAUCCACCUGGUGCGAUGGAAAAUGAGUCGAAAUUCAAGUCAAAUUUUGAAUAUAAUUGGCUCUACGUCUUGAAUCUACCAUCUUUGACUGAAGCCCAAUAUAAAACAAUCCUAUUGAUUUUGCACAAGAGGAUAACUCCUCAUUUCCAGAACCCAACCAAACUUAUGGAUUUUUUGACUGAUGCAUAUAACGUAGAAAAGGGCGUAACACCUAUACUUGCCCUGAAUGGACUGUUUGAUUUGAUGAAGCGUUACAACUUAGAGUAUCCAAACUUUUAUACAAAGUUGUAUCAACUGCUGACUCCAGACCUAAUGCAUGUGAAAUACAGAUCUCGGUUUUUUAGACUGAUGGAUCUAUUCUUAUCCUCCACCCACUUGUCCGCAAACCUGGUUGCAUCUUUCAUUAAGAAGUUAGCACGUCUGUCCCUAGAUGCCCCACCUUCUGCGGUGGUCUCUGUGAUCCCAUUUGCAUAUAAUUUGCUCAAGAGGCAUCCAAGUUGUAUGAUCAUGUUACAUGAUCCUGAAUUUAUAAGAAAUCCAUUUGGCACCAAAGAAGAAAAUGAUCAAUUAGCCUUGAGAAAGGCCCAAUACCAAGAUCCUUUCGAUAACGAACAAUUAAAUCCUGAAUUAACAAAUGCUAUUGAUUCUUCACUAUGGGAGUUACAGACGAUGACGGCUCACUACCAUCCUAACGUAGCAACCUUGGCCAAGAUUCUAAGUCAACCAUUCCAGAAACUGUCUUACAAUAUGGAGGACUUCCUUGAUUGGUCUUAUGAUUCAUUACUGGCAGCUGAAGCCUCAAGAAAAAUGAAAAUUUUACCAUCUCUGGAAUUUGAACAAUUUGACUCUUUGUUUGGAGGUUAUAUAGAAAGUGUCAAAUGGUAA